AUGUCCGCCCGCCGAGCCACUCGCGACCAGCUCGACCAGCUGUCGGCGUUUUCUACCUGCGAGGUCGCAGAUGCCCUCGUCAAGCUCAAGCACCCUUCUGGCGGCUAUAUCCCCGACCUGGACCGCUUCAGUGGCUCGGAGGGAACGGUCCUCGUCGGCGAGGUCUUUACGGUCGAGCUAGUCGAUGGGCAGGAUACCGAGUCGCCGAAGCUGGAUGGGCACUUUGUGGACCUCGCAGAACCCGACAGCGUCCUCUUCAUCUCGACGCCCGCUCACUCGAAGAGCGCCAGUCUCGGCGGCCUACUCGCGACUGCUCUACAGAAGAAGGGCGUGCGAGGCGUCGUCACCUCGGGCCGAUGCCGCGACCUUGCCGAGCUGCGCGACCUCGACUUUUUGGUCUUUGCUCGAGGGCACUCGAUACUCGGCCAGUCGCCCUAUACUCGCCCUUCUCGCGUCCAGGUCCCGCUCGAAAUCCACCCUCAGCCCGCCGCCGCCACUCCCUUCGAGCCGACCUUCCCUCCCACGACCGUCUAUCCAGGCGACAUCGUCCUCGCCGACCUCGAUGGAGUGGUCGUCGUGCGCCCCGAGGCGAUCGACGAGGUGGUGCGGCUUGCGGUGGCCGGGCGGGAGGUGGACGAGCGGUGCAGGGAGGAUUUGCUGCAGGGCGCCGGCGUCAAGGAGACGUUCGCCAAACAUCGCGGCAAGUAGUCUGUCAUAGCGUGCUUGACGAGUGCAUGUACAUAGUCUCGAG